AUGAGUGUCUUCAUUGAAAAGAAGAAACGAUUGUCCAAUGAUUCAAUCAGUCAACUUGAAGAUGAGUUGGAAGAUAAUCCUUUAGAUUACAAUAAAUGGAUAAAGCUCAUCAAACAAGUAAUGGUGAAGGAUAAGGAAGAACAAAUAAGAAAUGUCUUUACCAAGUAUUUAGACAUUUUUAAACUCGAUGGUGAACAAUGGUGUAAAUACAUAAAUUUCGAAAUAGGUAAAGGAGAUUUCAAGAAAGUAGAAGAGUUAUUUGCCAAAUGUAUAACCACUGUGGACAAUGUAGAAUUAUUCAGGUUAUAUGUAUCAUAUGUUCGUAGAGUAAAUGAUGUUAUUACUGGAGGUGAGAAAGCCAGAAGUACAGUCAUACUGGCUUUUGAAUUCAGUGUUAACAGAGUAGGUAUUGAUGUUAAGAGUGGAGAAUUAUGGAAUGAUUACUCAGAGUUCUUGAAAAGCUGGACACCAUCCCAAUCAUGGGAGAAACAACAAAAAAUCGAUUUAAUAAGAAAGCUCUACAAAAAGUUAUUGGUAAUUCCCACCGAGAAAGUUGAAAGUAUGUGGUCAACAUAUACCAAAUGGGAAAACGAAGUCAAUUCUUCUACUGCAUCUCGUUUCAUUGCAGACAAAUCUGCUGAAUUCAUGGAAGCCAGAGCUUGGAAUAUUGAAUGGAAUAAUAUCACUGACAAAUCAUUAUCCAGGAAAGUCUUACCAUAUGGGUUAGAUGAUAGUGAUAAAGACAAUAGGAAGGAAAUUGAACAGCAAUUACAGUAUUGGUACAAAUGGAUAGAGUUCGAAUCCAGAAAUAAUCUUAAUUUGAAAGAUGAUGACCUAUUGAAUAAGAGAAUUGAGUACGUUUACAAGCAAGCUAUAGUAUCAUUACCAUUUGUGCCUGAACUAUGGUAUAGAUAUAAUCAAUUUUUAAUGAAUGGUCCAUCAACAGAAGAUAGCAAUAGUCUCAACAUGAACAUCGAUAUCUUAUCCCAAGGUUUGAUAUUGAAUCCUAAAAGUUAUUUGUUAAGUUUCCAGUUAUCUGAAUUAUAUGAGAAAGAGACAAAUUUGGCAAAGGCAAAUGAAGUCAUUAACAAUCUUGUGAAUAAACUCAUUCAAGACCAUAGUCAAAUAAUAAAACAAAUCGAAGAAAUCAAUGACAAAUCCAUUGUCAAGACUCAAAAUAUCAACGGAGAUGCUGAUAAUAUGGAUGAAGACGAUGUAAAUAAACCAAAACCAGGAUACUUCCUCUCGGAGCAUGAUAUUAAAUCAUUGAAGGAUUUGAAGUUAACAGAAAAGGAGUUAAGUAGAAACAUAACUUUAGUAUACACCAAACUUAUGAUGACCAAUAAAAGAUCAAGUGGAAUCAAAGAAUCUAGACAAAUCUUCAAACAAGCAAAGAAAUUUGCCAAUAUUGGUUUCGAGUUGUAUGUGGAAAAUGCAUUGAUGGAAUAUUAUUCCGAUAAUAAGAAGACUGCUAAUAAAGUGUUUGAGUUAGGGUUGAAAACCUAUGGUACCAACGGGAAAUAUUUAUUGGCCUAUUUGGAUUAUUUGAUUAUGGUGAAUGAAAUUGAAAGCAUCAAAGUUUUAUUUGAAGUGUCCAUCACCAACUUAUUAAAAGAAAUUGAGGAUCCUGAAGGUGUUGAUGAUAUGGAUACUCCAGUAUGGAUUAAGAACGAAAACCUCGAAAAAAUCAACAAUCAUAAAUACUUUAUCAAAAGGUUGAUUAAGAAGUAUGGUAAGUUCGCCACCAAGUUCUUAGAUUUAGGAAUUGUUACCAGUUUAGAAAAGAGGUUUAAGAAAUAUUUCCCUGAAGAUGAUGAAUUAGAAUUAUUUAGAUCAAGAUAUUCAUAUGAUUCUAUUGACUUGAUUAAAUAUGAUUUAGGUAAAUCUGUCAAGUAUAUAGAACAAGACACCAGAGGUGACAUUGAUCAAUUUUUCGAUUAUGAUGACGAGACAUUUGACAAGAACAAAAGAAGAAAAUUGGAUUUACCUUCAAAACCUAAGGAAACUGCAGUUGCAAAUCAACCUGUUAUUGAAACUCAAAACGGAUUCAUUGGUGAAUCGAUCUAUAACUUAUUAAGAAUUUUACCUUCAGCCAGUUACUAUGGUAAUGUUGAAGAUCAUGUAUUUAAUAGUAAAAAGUUGGUGGAAUUAUUUAAUUCCUUGGAUGAUAUUAGAAAUCAAUAA